AUGGCGACGACAGCCACACCCCGCCGUCCUCCACCCAACUCCCGCCCUGUCCGAUCGCCCUCCGUGUCGACCACUCCCGCGCUAUCCGGUGUCUUGGCCAAAGGCGCGACAGCCCGAUCGGCGCUCAACCCACGCACGUCCUCGCUCAAGUCGCCAACUCGGACCUCCUUCUCAAGAGGAGGCACCCCGCCAUUGGGCGGCAAUGAUAUGUCUGAGUCACUGAUGCGGGAGACAGAGGAAAAAGAACAGCUGCUGGUACAGCUUCAGAAUAAGGAACAGGCCGUUUCCGAAUUAACAGCGGAAAAUGACCAUCUUUCAUCGGCUCUUAAUGCCGCCGAAGGAAGAUUGGCGGAGCUGUACACCGACCAGGCGAGGCAAGAAGAAGAGAUGGCAACGCGACUGGAGGUGAUGGAGAAGCUGCGCAUACAAGCUCGCGAAUUAGAACGGGAUAAACGUGAACUGCAACGGCGAUACAACGAACAGACAUCUACCUUUGAAGCGGAGCGCCAAGCUUUCUACGACAACGAACAACAUUUGAAAUCGCGCAUACAGUCACUAUCCCAGUCGCUUACCCAGGCACGCAAGCAAGCCCAGACUGCGACGUCGCAGGCGGCGCUCACCGAAGCCGAAUCUGAGACGGAAGUGGAGGAGGAGGUCGCGAUUGAUACCAAGAAACCGGAAGACAAGUCGCAAGACCUGAACGAUCCCGAAGCCGAACCUGCCGAAAUCACGUCCUUGAAACUGGAGCUGUCCACAUUAUCCACAUCCUACGCUUCGUUGCAAGGCACGCUUGGGUUACUGCAGAGCCAGUUGGUCGAUUUGAAGAGGGUCAACCGUGUUCUGCAGGAGGAAAACGAGAGCUACAUGAUCUUACUCCGCGAGAAGACUCUGAAUGGCCAAUUUGACGUCAUGCGCACUGUUGGGACCGAAUCAAGCUCGGACGGUGACGAAGCUGACGACGAUGACGACGAAGACGAGGAACGCACCUCGGCUGAUCACAGCAGCCUACGAAGUACCGGCCGCCACCCGCUUGAACCUGUCGAGGAGCACGAAUAUGAGCACGAAUACGAGCGUGACUUAGCGCAGGAGCUGGAGCGAGCGGAGUCCGACGAAGAAUUGCCGACGAAGAAAUCUACUCGCCACAGAAAGAAGGGCAGCAUAUCCGACCCCGAUAACCAUCAGGGUGAAUCACUCGCAGGUCUUGGUGUCACCGGGCCUGGUUUGGACCUUGCUGCGGAGCUCGGCCGUGCAGAGAAUAAGGACAUCCUUGACGGAAGCAGCGCACCAGCAACGGAUAAUUCCAGUCCUCGCAAGAAGGGUAGAAAGAGCGGCGUGCGCUCGGUUUCCGUGUCCUCUGCUGGCGUCCUUGAAGUAAAGUCGACUGCCAACGAUAUCGACGCUCUCAGAACCGAAGUGAAAUCUCUGAAAGAUGCCAACAAAGCGCUUUCAUUAUACGCGUCGAGAAUCAUUGACCGUAUUAUCGCCCAGGAAGGCUUCGAGCACGUCCUUGCCGUUGACUACGCAGACAAAACUCCAACGUCGCCGACGCCAGGCGCCAGUGGGUUCAGUCAUACUGCUCUUCCGAAGUCGCCGACGGUGCCGGAGAAGAAACCUCGGCCGCAGAGCAUGUUCUUUGGACGACAGGCUUCCAACCCGUCGCCACAACCUACCUCGGAAGAAUCGACAUCUCGGGGUACUUCUCCUCCUCUCGAGAAACCAGCCAUCACCGCUGCACGACAGAAUCGCCGAUCACUGUCCUUUGACUGGCGCAGCUUUUCAGUUUUCGGCGGAGGUGAGAAGAAAUCGGAGCCCCAUAACCCCAACCUGCGGCCUUUGAAGCUUGGGUCUGGGCCUACUGUCACCGGCGCCCGAAAGCUGGACACUCAGGAGGACGAGGAAGACCGGCGGGAACGAGAGCGGCUUGAUGCCACAAUGAAAUUGAUGGGCAUUUCUAAACCCCCUAGCUCGCCACCGCCCAUGAUUAAGAGCGUUUCCUCGCCGAUGGAAACCGGAAGACCCAGCAGCGACGAGGGUCGGCCCUCCCUAGCGUCGAACAGCAGUUCUCCUGCGCCAUCGCGGUGGUCGUUCUUCCGAUCGAGAUCCGGCACCCAAUCCGAGACCUCGUCCUUGCACUCUGCGCCGUCCGGGGCGACAUCACCUAGACCCGGCAACCUGACGCAAGAAGCUCUCGAACAAGCGGAAGCACAGGAAAAGCUUGCGGCGCUUGAUGCGCAUGAGAAAACUCUCAGCGCCGAAUUGGCGAAAGGCGGUAGCGGAGGUUUCACAGAGAUUGCCCCGAGACGCAGCAGAGGCGGACGCCGAAGCGCUGGCGGUAGUGGGAGUGGCAGCACCGUAUGGAGCGCUGGGAUGAGCAGAGACGGGCAUCAUGACGACGACUGACGAUUAUAACGACAACUAAAUAACGGGACGGAACAGGGAACAUGGACGUGGCAGUCUCAUACAGGCGCUUUGCGCAGCCGUCCAGGAUAUGUACGUUCGUCUGCAUAUACUUGUAUAAUUCUUAAUUACCGGAAUACC